CUCAGGCAAUCCGAUAAAACGCGUGGCCUUGUCCUAACAUUGUGCUCACCUACCUCCCUCCCUCUCCCUUCUUUCUUCCUCUAAAAGUCUCUCUUUUUAAUUUUUUUUUUUUAUUUUUUUCUUCAGUUGGUCUCUCUCUCUCUCUCUCUCUCUCAAAGUUCUACACCCAAAAGUUCGGUUUCACAACUUUCACUUGAGCACGGUGCGAAGUACAGACUGACAAACGACAUUUUUGUGGGGUCCAAACUAGUCCCACUACCAUUCUCGUCCACCUCCUUGACAAUGCAGUGCUGGUUUCACCAAAACUCACCAACAACCUCCUCCUCACCAACCACAACAUUUUGCAUUUCUCUAAGCCUUUGUGUUCUGGGUUCCGAGAUUGGCUUCCUUGUGAAUGGCUCUCAAGGGUGCAGCCAUCUGGGUUUGUGCCAGAACUUCUUGUUCUGAUCUCGGGGCCUCGGAUUUGGGGUCUAGGAAUUCUGGGUCAGCUGUCAGUUUGAGGUUCGAUUUGGAAAAGUUUCGCAAAUGGGAAUGUUGUAGUUUGGGUGCUUUGGCCCAGCGAGCUAUCACUCCUGUGGAAGAUGAGAAGCCGCACAUGCCCGGGGUUGAGUCUUCUGGGGCCGUUGAGUCGACUCAGGGCAAUGAGUCGAGGGGGUUUCACAAGGAUUUGAACCUUCUUCCUAAACCGUUGUCCGCAAAUGACCUCUCUUCUUGUCCAAGUAAUGGUUCAAAAGUGCGAGUUGCCUAUCAGGGGUUACCAGGAGCAUAUAGCGAGGCUGCGGCACUGAAAGCAUACCCCAAGUCUGAGACUGUUCCAUGUGACCAGUUUGAAGAAGCAUUCAAGGCUGUUGAACUGUGGUUAGUGGAUAAAGCAGUUCUUCCCAUUGAGAAUUCUGUUGGUGGGAGCAUCCACCGUAAUUACGACUUGCUCCUUCGACAUAGGCUGCACAUAGUCGGGGAGGUGCAGAUGCAAGUUAUCCAUUGCCUUUUAGGGUUGCCUGGUGUAAGAAAAGAGGACCUAAAAAGUGUUUUGAGCCAUCCUAUGGCUCUUGAUCAAUGUGACAUGAUGCUAAGUAAUUUAGGCGUUGUCAGAAUUAAUGCUGAUGAUACUGCUGGUGCUGCUCAGAUGGUGGCAUCAACUGGCUUGAGAGAUACUGCAGCCAUUGCAAGUUCUAGAGCCGCAGAAAUUUAUGGGCUUGACAUUCUUGCCGAAAAGAUUCAGGAUGAUGAUGAUAAUAUUACACGAUUCUUGAUACUUGCCAGGGAACCUAUAAUUCCAGGAACUGAUAGGCCCUAUAAGACAAGCAUUGUUUUUACUCUAGAAGAAGGUCCCGGUAUACUGUUUAAAGCUUUAUCAGUGUUUGCUCUGAGGGGCAUUAAUCUAUCAAAGAUUGAGAGUCGCCCACAGAAACAAAGACCUUUAAGGGUUGUUGAUGAUUCUAAUGACGGGAGUGCCAAUGGUGAAUGUUUUCUGGUGGCAGGUAUUUUGACUACUUGUUCUUUAUCGACUUCGAAGCUUCUAUGGCUGAGCCUCGCGCCCAAUAUGCUUUAGGGCAUCUGCAGCAGGAAUUCUCGAGAUUUCUUCGUGUCCUCGGUAGCUAUCCGAUAGAUACAGUUCUAUAGAAGGCCCUCUCUGGAGCCAAUUUUACUUGGAUGGUCAAACCUGUAAGCUGGAAGUUCGACCUCCUGUGUUGUACAUACAUUUCAUCCUGCAGAAGCCAAUGCUGGAAGGCGUUUUACUUGGAUUAGUGCAAAGUUUCUGAUUAGGAGGAAAAUUUCUUUGAAGGGGUCACUCUAUUUUUCUUUCAUGAUUCUUUUCAUCUCCCAUUGGGGGUGUUUCAGGAUAUCAUGAUUUUAGGGUAUUUAUUACACGCAAAGUUGCUACUUGCAUUGGGCAAUAAGCUUUUGUGCAGGCAAUUUUUCUUCUUUUCUUCUUCUGUUUUUACCCUUUGUUUUAAAUACAAAGAUCUGGAAUUUGGUUCA